GGUGGAGCAUACAUUGAGGAGCCGCAUACGCUAUUAUCUCGCGAUGCUUUAAUACAUUACGGCCAUCUUCGCUAAGGUGAUUGAAGAAUCACCCCUUCAUUUCUGCUCUUUAGGAUGGCUGAUGCUCCUCCAAUCCAAAACACUUCCCAUCUAGCCAUUCACUCGAAAGAGCACAGAGACUCCAUCUUGAACAAAUUUGACAAGCUCAGGAAAAAGGACCUUCUGUGUGACAUCACACUGAUUGUGGAAGAUGUCCAGUUCAAGGCCCAUAAGGCCCUUCUUGCGGCCAGCAGUGAGUACUUCUCAUUGAUGUUCACUGCAGAGGGGCCCGUGGGACAGUCAGUGUACAGGCUGGAUGGCAUGGCGGCCCGCACCUUUGGAGCUGUGCUGGAGUUCAUCUACAGUGCGAGUGUAUUGGUGGAGGAAGGAGAGGGGGGGCCUCUCCUGGACAUGGCACGAUUCCUGGAGGUCAGUGAGCUGCUGAAGGCUUACUCAGACUGCCAGGGAGGGGAUGGGGGUGUCUCCACCAAACCCAAGCGCAAAAGGGGACGGCCCAGGAAGAAUGUGACGGCCUGUGGGGCGGUGGGAACUUCAGAACCUGUCCCGGGAGAAGAGCUGGAGGCCAAUGCAGCAUCGGAACUGGUACAGGGUGAGGGUUCGUGGGAGCCCCUGGUGGAGACGAUGGAGGACCCUGUGGAUUCGGACACCCAUGCUGCCCCCUCUGGUGACACGGACUAUGACCCCUGGGCCAGGCGCAGCCGCCACAGCAAACGCAAAAUCAAACCACCGAUGAAGCUGAAGGGCUACCGGGUUGGAGAUGAUGUAUCAGAGCCAGGCGAGCCAGAGCGGAGGAAAAGGGGCAGGAAGAGGAAGUACCCUAACACUGAGGCGCGAUGCGAGGAUUGCGGGAAGAUCUUCAAGAACCACCUCUUCCUAAAAAUACACCAAAGGACUCACACAGGUGAAAAGCCCUUCAGGUGUUUUGUUUGUGGGAAGGGCUUCACUCAGAAGCAUACCCUGCUGGUCCACCAGCGCAUGCACACUGGUGAGAAGCCUUUCACCUGCACAGUGUGCUCCAAGGCCCUGUCCACCAAACACUCCCUGCUGGAACACAUGAACCUGCACACAGACCAGAAAUCUUUCAGCUGUGAUCAAUGUGGAAAGACAUACAGCCAGAAGAGACAGCUGAAGAGCCAUUAUAGAGUGCACACAGGCAAACCUUUUCCAGAGUGUGCACAAUGUCACCGUAAGUUUAUGGAUGCGGCACAGCUGAAGAAACAUCUUAGAACGCACACAGGCGAGAAACCUUUUACCUGUGAGAUCUGUGGGAAGUGCUUCACCGCCAAGAGUACCCUGCAGACACACAUCAGGAUUCACAGGGGGGAGAAGCCAUACGUGUGCAGUGUAUGCAGUAAGUCCUUCUCCGACCCCAGUGCCCGAAGGCGCCACGUGGCCUCUCAUACGGGCAAGAAGCCCUUUACCUGCUCACUCUGCAACCUGUCCUUUGCUCGCCUGGACAACCUUAAAGCCCACGCCAAGACCCACAACAAGGAGAGGUCCGCUGGGGCCAUGGGUGAGGUUGCCAUGGCGGCCACCGGGCCUAGGGAGGAAGUGCGAAGUGUCCUGCAGUUGCAACAGUAUCACCUCCCCACCACCAUGGGACAGGAGAUCCAGCUGGUGGUCACAGGCGAGGUGGAGAACAUCAAUUUCCCAGGGCAGGAGCAGGGCAUCAGCAUCCUCAGCGGGCCAGAGGAGGCAGUGGGUGGCGGUGGCAGUGGUGGUGAGGGGGCGGGUCAAAGCCUUACCCUCCUCACUCAGCCCUCACAGCAUGUGCAAAACCUGGCCCUGGUCUCCCAGGGCGAUCAGACCCUGGGUGUGCUGGAGGGUGGGGCCGAGCAGAUGCACGUCAUCACCCUGACUAAGGAGUCUAUGGAGCACCUGCAGGUCCACCACGCACAGCCCUCAGCUCCUGCCCAGCACCUCCAUUUGUUGCAGCACCCACCCCUCCCUCAUCUGCCCGUCACACCGGCAAUGCCCUCCCAGCAGCAGGGCCAGGCCAUUCACAUCAGCGGCCAGACGGCACAGCCAAUCUCCAUCAGCCAGACUACCCAGCAGAUCCCCAGCCACCACAUCCAGGGUCAGACGUACCAGAUUCAGGCUGGAACCGUUUCCUACCUCUACACCAGCCUGGCCCCACAGACCUGACCAGGCUACAGCUUCAGCGUGGUUAUGUUGCGAGCAGACCUGGGUCAAAUAUGCAUUGGAACUACUUUCUUUCUCUUUCUGUGCCAUUAAAAUUGAAAACCUUUAUGAAGAUCCCUAAGAAUUUUCAAAUAAAUAUGUUACUUUUUCAAAUAAAUAUGUUACUAACCAAAACGUGCAAUUGUGAAAUACCAGUUUUGUUCUGAAUACUGGUGAAAACAGAUGUUGCUUUUCAAAUUCUCGGUAAUCGGUAGGAAUCAUCAUACGACACCAUGUUAUUGAUGAAGGAAGCAUGCUGAAAUGUAUAAAUCUUUGAGCCUGGUCAUAAUGUAAAAUAUUGAGUGCAGAUCUUUGUUAUGUAGUUCCUUAAUUUUUUAGAUCUUUGCACCCGAUUUUAACUAAAAGGGCUGAUAUAUAUGUGUAUGAUACAUACCUGUGUAAAAUUUAAAACUUUGAUUAUUUUACCGAAGGUGGGGGCUAUGGUGUCAAUUGUCUAUUUUGUUGAACAGUGCUUCUUUCUGGCUUUUCUUUUACAUUUUUCUUUUCUGGUUUUGUAUGAAAUUCAUUGUAAAGUUAAGAUUGUGGUAUGUUUUGUGGAACGGCAUAAAUAAUUUAAGCAAACAUAAAUAAAUAAGAUUUUGGGGGUUUUGAGGAAACAUACAGUUUAAAACUUACAGUAUAGAAUACACACACACACAAAAUGGCUAGCAAAUGUAAGGGCAAGUUGUUUUUGUUGUUUUUUUCUUUGGCUAAAGGUGCAAUUGCUUGGUGUAAAUUUGUCUCAUAAGAGAUUUCUUCCCAAUCUGAAAGGAGUUCAUAAUGUGAUGUCACUUCUUUUAUGCCAGCCAAAAGCAAGACCUUGCUGUGGUGUGUCAUUACACAGACUGUAGAAUGAAACAACAGUAAAAGCAGGAGUGAAUGCAAGGGAGCUCAUUUACCCCUAACAGUUUGAAAGAAUUAGCAACAUGUCCUUACCCAGUCCCUGGGAAUUUAUGGUAGCUCAAGAGUAAGGGUUUGGUUUUUAAAUAAACAUAACGUAGGCAUGACAAUACUUAAUUGUCAACUAAACAAAGGUAUGAAAUACAGAGAAAAGCUCAUUUCAGUUGGAAAAAAUACAUACUGGCGGAUAAUGACUGCUGCUGUUAAUUCUAUCAAACUAUUUGGACAGUGACACAUUGUCUGCUGUUUUCAUUUGUACUCUAGCACAUUGGAUGUGAAAUGAUGUGCUGACUGUAAGCUUUAAUUUGAGGGUAUUUGCAUCCAUAUUUGGUGAUCCAUUUAGAAUCAUAGCCAUUUUUAUACAUGGGCCCCCAUUUCAGCAGGCAAAAGUA